AGCAACAGUGUCCCUCGGAGCCUGAGGCCGCCGUGGCCACGCCGGGCACUGGGACCGUGUCCCACUCUCCCCGAAAGUUCUCCCCGCCCCCGGCCUCGGAUACCUCCGCCCCGCCCAGCUCCGCCCGGGCAUCCUGCCCGCGGGGCUCCCAGCCUCAGUUUCCUUCCCGUCCGGCCGGCUCCUUCCUCUGACUGGGCCCUUCCUCAAGGGCGGAUGUGCGCCGGGAAGGCGAAGGCCACAACCGGCCGAGAGGAUCCCGGCUCAGCCCCGCAGGUCCAGCCACAACAUGCGACGCCCGGGGCGAGGCCUCGGCUGGGCCCCCGGGACCCAGGAACCCUGGAGCCCCAGGACCAUGGAUGCUCUCAGUAGGACUCUGGUAGGCCCUGGAUGCAAGACACAGGCUGUGGUGCAGAAAGGACCGUUGGACUUGAUUGAGACAGGCAAGGGGCUGAAAGUGCAAACGGACAAACCCCACCUGGUGAGCCUGGGCAGUGGGCGGCUCAGCACCGCGAUCACCCUCCUGCCACUGGAGGAAGGGAGGACAGUGAUCGGCUCUGCAGCCAAGGACAUCUCCCUGCAGGGUCUAGGCCUGGCUCCAGAGCACUGCUACAUUGAGAAUCUACGGGGUACCCUUACCCUCUACCCUUGUGGAAAUGCCUGUACCAUUGAUGGGCUCCCAGUUCGACAGCCAACCCGACUCACUCAGGGCUGUAUGUUGUGCCUGGGUCAGUCCACCUUUCUCCGCUUUAACCACCCAGCUGAAGCCAAGUGGAUGAAAAGCAUGAUUCCAGUAGGGAGCCGGGCUGCUGGGCCCCCCUAUGGCUCUGGCUCAGCCGAAUCAGAAAGUCUGGUGAAUGGGAACCACACCCCACAGCCUGCAACACGGGGACCCUCCGCCUGUGCCAGCCACAGCUCCCUGGUGAGCUCAAUUGAGAAGGACUUGCAAGAAAUCAUGGAUUCACUGGUGCUAGAGGAGCCGGUAGCUGCAGGCAAGAAGCCUGCUGCAACCUCCCCGUUGUCACCGAUGGCUAAUGGUGGACGAUACCUGCUCUCCCCGCCAACCAGCCCUGGCGCUAUGUCUGUGGGUUCCAGCUACGAGAACACCUCUCCAGCCUUCUCUCCACUGUCCUCACCAGCCAGCAGUGGAAGCUGUGCCAGCCACUCACCCAGCGGGCAGGAGCCAGGACCUUCUGUGCCCCCUCUAGUGCCUGCUCGUUCCUCCAGCUACCACCUAGCCCUACAGCCCCCACAGUCCCGUCCCAGUGUUGCCCGCUCCUUGGACAGCCCCCGGCUGGGCAGGAAAGGGGGUCAUGAGAGGCCUCCCAGCCCUGGUCUCCGGGGCCUGCUGACUGACAGCCCUGCGGCCACCGUCUUGGCAGAAGCUCGCAGGGCCACUGAGAGCCCCCGGCUGGGUGGGCAGCUGCCCAUGGUGGCUAUUAGCCUGAGUGAAUACUCAGCUUCCGGUGCCCGUAGCCAACCCACCAGCAUUCCUGGUAGCCCCAAGUUCCAGCCUCCCGUCCCUGCUCCCCGCAACAAAAUUAACACACUCCAGGACCGUCCUCCCAGCCCUUUCCAUGAGCCUCCGGGCACCGACCGGGUGUUGACAACCAGCCCUUCACGCCAGCUGGUAGGCCGAACAUUUUCAGAUGGGUCUUGCACCCGAACCCUGCAGCCUCCUGAGAGCCCCCGCCUGGGCCGUCGGGGCCUGGACAGCAUGCGAGAACUCCCUCCUUUGAGCCCAUCCUUGUCACGACGUGCUCUCUCCCCACUGCCUGCCCGGACCACCCCAGAUCCCAAGCUAAGCAGGGAAGUGGCAGAGAGCCCGAGGCCCCGACGCUGGGCUGCCCAUGGGACUUCUCCAGAAGACUUCUCCCUUACUCUGGGGUCACGGGGUCGCAGGACACGGAGUCCCUCACCCACACUCGGGGAGUCCCUGGCACCCCGCAAGGGCAGCUUCAGUGGCAGGCUGAGCCCAGCCUACAGUCUGGGCUCUCUUACUGGGGCUUCGCCUCGCCAGAGCCCCCGGGCUCAGAGGAAGCUCUCCAGUGGGGAUUUGCGGGUCCCUGUCAUGCGGGAUCGGAAAAAUAGCAUCACAGAGAUCAGUGACAAUGAGGAUGACCUCCUGGAGUACCACCGGCGGCAGCGCCAAGAGCGGCUCCGGGAGCAGGAGAUGGAGAGGCUGGAACGCCAGCGUCUGGAGACCAUCCUGAACCUGUGUGCUGAGUACAGCCGAGCUGAUGGGGGCCCUGAGGCUGGGGAGCUGCCAAGCAUCGGAGAAGCCACUGCUGCGUUGGCCCUGGCGAGCAGGAGGCCCUCACGAGGCCUUGCAGGAGCCAUUGUGUCCUCUGGGCGGGGCAGCGAGGAGCCUGGAGGUGCCACCCAACGCCUGUGGGAGAGUGUGGAACGUUCAGAUGAGGAGAACAUGAAAGAGGAGUGUAGUAGCACCGAGAGCACCCAGCAGGAGCAUGAAGAUGCGCCUAACGGCAAGCUCCAGGGAGAGAUCCUGGCCCUGGAGGAGGAGCGGGCUCAGGUGCUGGGCCAUGUGGAGCAGCUCAAGGUCCAUGUGAAGGAGCUGGAGCAGCAGUUGCAAGAGGCAGCAAGAGAGGCUGAAAUGGAGCGGGCGCUGCUGCAGGGGGAAAGGGAGGCAGAGCGGGCUCUGCUGCAGAAGGAGCAGAAGGCAGUGGACCAGCUGCAGGAGAAGCUGGUGGCCUUGGAGACAGGCAUCCAGAAGGAGAGGGACAAGGAGAGGGCGGAGCUGGCCGUGGGACGGAGGCACCUGGAGGCCCGCCAGGCGCUGUACGCCGAGCUCCAGAUGCAGCUCGAUAACUGCCCCGAGUCAGUGCGGGAACAGUUACAGGAGCAGCUGAGAAGGGAAGCAGAGGCCCUGGAGACGGAGACAAAGCUGUUUGAGGACUUGGAGUUCCAGCAGCUGGAGCGGGAGAGCCGUGCCGAGGAGGAGCGCGAGCUGGCCGGCCAGGGGCUGCUGCGGAGCAAGGCAGAGCUGCUGCGCAGCGUGGCCAAGAGGAAGGAGCGCCUGGCCAUCCUGGACAGUCAGGCUGGGCAGAUACGGGCCCAGGCUGUGCAGGAAUCAGAGCGUCUGGCCAGGGAGAAGAAUGCCUCCCUGCAGCUGCUACAGAAGGAGAAGGAGAAGCUGACCUUGCUAGAAAGAAGAUACCACUCACUCACAGGGGGCAGGCCGUUCCCGAAGACCAGCUCGACCCUCAAAGAGGCUCAGUUCCUCAUCUCCGAGUCCUCAGAGAUGGGGCUGGGGACCAAGGUGCUGGGCCCAUUCUCAGGGUGUUCUCAGACUGGGGGCUCUUCUGUCUUCUUAAUCCCACCUGUUUCUACUCCACUCUGCCCCAAAGUACAAGAGUACGUGACGCUUGAGCAGCUAAAGGUGAUGUGGGGCACUUCACCCAAGCCCCCAGCCCCCGCGCCAGGCUGGCCUCCCUGGGCCUCUGCCUCCCGGGACCGGGUUCCCACCACCUGCCUUCCUCCUGUGCCGCCCUCCUCUUCCUCCUCCUUCGCUUCCAUCACGCCUUCACCCAAGAUGGAGAAGCUGUUGCUCCCUGCUGUAGACUUAGAGCAGUGGUACCAGGAGCUGAUGGCUGGGCUGGGGCCUGGCCCUGCUGCGGCCUCUCCUCGCUCUUCUCCCCCACCUUUGCCUGCCAAAGCUUCCCGUCAGCUGCAGGUGUACCACUCCAAGAUGGAUGGCGACGCCACAAGCCCACUGCCUCGGACCCGCAGUGGCCCCCUUCCCUCUUCGUCUGGCUCCUCCUCCUCCUCCUCCCAGCUCAGUGUGGCUACCCUGGGCCGUAGCCCCUCCCCAAAGAGUGCCCUGCUUGCCCAGAAUGGCACAGGCAGCCUUCCUCGCAACCUGGCAGCCACGCUGCAGGACAUUGAGACCAAGCGCCAGCUGGCCCUGCAGCAGAAGGCAGUCGAGUUGCUUCCUGCCGAGCCCCUCUCAACUGAGGACCCAGCAGGGCAGCAAGUAAUUGAGGAGCAGCGGCGACGGCUGGCUGAGCUGAAGCAGAAAGCAGCCGCUGAGGCGCAGUGCCAGUGGGAUGCCCUACACGGGGCGGCGCCCUUCCCCACCCUGAUGCACCACUCCAUCCUGCAUCACCUGCCAGCUGGGCGGGAGCGAGGAGAGGAGGGCGAGCGUGCCUAUGACACACUGAGCUUGGAGAGCUCGGACAGUAUGGAGACCAGCAUCUCCACUGGGGGCAACUCAGCCUGCUCCCCUGACAACGUGUCCAGUGCCAGUGGCCUGGACAUGGGCAAGAUCGAGGAGAUGGAGAAGAUGCUGAGGGAAGCUCAUGCGGAGAAGAGCCGGCUCAUGGAGUCCAGGGAGCGUGAGAUGGAGCUGCGGCGGCAGGCCCUGGAGGAGGAGCGGCGGAGGCGGGAGCAGGUGGAACGGAGGCUGCAGAGCGAGGGUGCCCGGAGGCAGCAGCUGGUGGAGAAGGAGGUCAAGAUGCGAGAGAAGCAGUUUUCCCAGGCACGGCCCCUGACCCGCUACCUGCCGAUCCGGAAGGAGGACUUUGACUUGAAGACCCACAUUGAGUCGUCUGGCCACGGUGUGGACACCUGCCUGCAUGUGGUGCUCAGCAGCAAGGUCUGCCGUGGCUACUUGGUCAAGAUGGGCGGCAAGAUCAAAUCAUGGAAGAAGCGCUGGUUUGUGUUCGACCGGCUCAAACGUACCCUUUCCUAUUAUGUGGACAAGCACGAGACGAAGCUGAAGGGGGUCAUCUACUUCCAAGCCAUCGAGGAAGUGUACUAUGACCACCUGCGCAGUGCCGCCAAGAGUCCGAAUCCAGCUCUCACUUUCUGUGUGAAGACCCACGACCGACUGUACUACAUGGUGGCCCCCUCUGCAGAGGCCAUGCGCAUCUGGAUGGACGUCAUCGUCACGGGUGCUGAGGGCUACACUCAGUUCAUGAACUGACCCCCGUGGGCCUCCUGGACCCAGGCCAGCCCUAGGACCCUGCCUAGCACCUGUUGUGGUGCUCACCCUGGAGACAGAGCCACACGGUGGGAACCAGCCCCACAGAGGCUGGGCGUACAGAGUGCCACCAGGGCUUUCGUGCAAGAAGACGUAAUAUUCUGUAAGGAGCUCAGGCCUGUGAGGUUCUGAACUCAGAAGAGGGAAGCUGGGGAGGGAAUUGCUGGCUCCUGGGAGCCUGGGACUUGUAGGAUCUGUUCAGGGUUGUGCCUGGGCCCCGGGGCUGAAGAGCUCUCUGAGAACUCAGCUCUGACCUGGCACCUGCUGGCCCCAGCCUGUUUUCUCUGUAAAGGACAAAUUACGGUACCAGAAUCUGCCAAAGAUCCCCUCUUGCCUCACCCCGUCGAGGGGCUGAGCAGAGCCACAUCUGGAGUUGGGCAGCAGCCUGGGCAGCGUGCUCUGCCUCGUCCUCCCUCAUUUAUACUUUUUAUUACUUGGCCCAAAGGCCAGAGACCUCAAGUGUUAGCCUUGAGGUCCCAGUCCUAUCCCCUUGUUGGAGACCCAUCUCCAUGGUCUCCAUGGUGACUGCUCCAUUGCCAUGGUAACAGUACUAAUUGCCCUUGCUCCGCAGCUCAGCCCACUGCUUCAGCUGUGGGCCAUCUGAGGGUACAUGCCGUCAACUCUCCAGCCCAGACCCGUGGGCACCUUGUGGGGGGAAGGGACGAACACCUGCUCCCUGCCUGUGUCUCCAGCCCUGGCACAGCCUGCUGCCCCACCUCACCUCUCCCUUCCACUGUGCCUUGCUUAGAGCCAGAAGGGAUGAUGCUGGCGAUCCGCGGCCACAGGAGCAGUGCCAUGCAUGGGAGAGGAAGCUAGGGGCCAUCCUCUGGGUGCUGACAGAGAGGGAGGGUGGCUCAGCCGAAAGCCUGAGUAGGAGGGAACUGCAGACGGAGGGGCCUGCAUUCCGGCCACCUCCUCCCUUCUGCAUCUGAAGGGUGAUGGAGAGUGGAGGACCCGGCCUCAGCUGUCUGCACUCAGCCCUUCGCGCCUUAACACUAAGCCCACCUCCCCUGCCCUCAUCCCCAGCCCUGGGCCCUCAGCUGCUUGGGCCUGAGCUGGGUGUUUUUCAGUAUUUGUAAGCAUUUCAGCAGAACAAUAAAGCAUUUGAGCUAUGU